AUGGUUCAGCCUAAGAAAGGUCUAAUGGAUUCCGCUGCUGUUCCAAAGGCCAUGAUCGAAGACAGUCCUGGUUCCAGCCCCAGCUCGGAUCCUGACUCUUUGAUCUGUCCCAUUCGAAAGCACUCGGAAUUGGCUUCUCGCUCGAAGGUGGUGCGUACUAGGGGCAGGCCUGCGGCAGCAAACGCAGCCCGGGAGCGUAGCCGAGUACAGACCCUGCGGCAUGCCUUCUUAGAGCUACAAAAAACUCUACCUUCAGUUCCUCCGGACACCAAACUGUCCAAACUGGACGUCCUAAUCCUGGCAACGACCUACAUUGCACAUCUCACCCGUACCCUAGAAGAAAGUCUGGAGGAGGGAGAAGGUCGAAGGUCUGCUGAGUUAAUGCACUCCCUCAAGGUGGACGGAUAUCUGCACCCAGUCAAAAAGUGGCCGAUGCGAUCCCGGUUGUACGUCGGUGCAACAGGUCAAUUUUUGAAUUCGGGUCAGUCAGAGAAUCAAACUCAAGGAGAGACGAUCAGCCCUGAUCCUGUCUAA